UGUUACAAUAAUUUAUCCUUCAGCUGAAGUCAUCAUUCCAACAGAUGUAUGCUAUUUUGUAACUGCCUUCAUAGUCAGAUCAUUUCAUAUUCUUCUAAACGAUGCCUCUUGGUGGCUUCCUAAAUUCCUAAGGGUGCAGGAAGACUUUAUGUCAGUGAUCCCCUGUCACUGGACGUGGAGGCUGUGUCCAGUUUUUCCCUCGAGUGUCAGCAUAGAGUGCAUUCAGGCAGCGGGCUCAGCCCCAACUUCCACAUCCGUGACACAGGCACAGUCAGUUCUGCCUCCUGGGAUGAGGGCCCUACCCGUGGAAAGCUUCCAUGAGGCCUGUGCACACAGCAGGUGCUCAGUAAGGCUGUUGCUUCUGGCCACGUGCUCCUGGCAGGUGCACAUUGGUGAGUUUAGUGAAAAAGACCUAACCAUGUGUGUGUAUGUGAUUAUGUGUGUGCACAUGCGUGUAUGUGAGACUUGUAAGUGUAUAUGCUUAUGUUCCUCAGUGUGGCUUCCCCUUGCUUAUAAGGAAAUCUGUGGCUCAGAGAGGUUGAGUGAUUCGCCCAUGGCCACAGAGCUUCUGCGGGAGAAGGUGCGGUCUGUUGUCAACUGACAGGCUCGUCACUGGACAUGCAAAGGACUAGAAUCUCUUGACUGUUUCUUCUCUGGGUGACCAGGAAGUCAUCUGUACCCCUCAUCCUCAGUGUUCCCACCUACCCAGGGGAAUGCUGCCCUGGUCCUACCCACUUCCCAAAGUCCUGAAGUCAUGUGGUACCAUGCCAGCUGCAGAAGCGCUUUGGAGCCAGGGCCUCACCAGUGCUUUGUGCCAUCAGUAACAAGCCUGGUUUGUGAUUUCCUUGUGCUCAAGUGUUCAUCGUGUCUGCAGGCUGCUGAGUAUGGGCACCAAGUUGGAUGGUCGUCAGGAGCUGGGGUUUGGUGUGUUCAUCAGCCUUGGGCAAGGUACCAGGCCCCUCUGCUUGCCCAGCUGUAAAAUGGGCAUGUAAUGAGGACUAAGGGAUGUUAAGUCUGGCUGUGCCUACUGGUCACCUGGCGAGCAUGCAUUGCAUUUCUGCUGUGUAGGACAGGACACUGGGGACAUCACGUUGAGUGGCGCACACAAGUCUCCGAUGGAGUGCAGAGACCUGAGUUAGUGAAAUCAUCCCACACAAAGGUGAUAAGGCUCUGGGUAUGGCAGGCUGGAACUGUCUGCAUGUGGCCUGGUUGGAGGAGACAUGGGUUGGAUGCUGGGGAGGGAUAGGGUGCACCUGCCCCAAGAACAGGGCAGCAUGGAGGCCAGGGCUGCGAAGUGAGUGCACAUAAGAUUGAGGGAAGAGGCUGAGCCUCCUGAAGGUCCUGAGGAGUUAUGGGAUGCAGGGAGCCUAUGAGCCUUGUGGGUGAGGCUGAUGCAGAGAACCACGUGGGGAGGCAGGCCCAGGGCAGGUCAGCUUCUACAGAGACUGAGGGAGCAGAACCAACAGGACCUGGUAACACGCUGCGUGUGGGGACAAAGGAAAGGCAAGUGGGUGGGAUGAGAGUGCACGUUGAAGUUUAGGGAAGGAGGGGUUGGCGAUGUCUUGAGCUCAGCUUGGGGACAUUGCUUUGCUUAAGCAGACUUUGGUCCGUGUGUGGGGACAAUGUUCCAAUGUGGGGACAAACACUAGGGAGGAAGAUGGGUAAAGCUUAGUGGGGACAAGGAGGAGAAGCGUGUGCCAGAGGAGGCUGGCCCUAAGAUGGGCGUGCCAGCAGCAGCUGCCACUUGGUGCCCAUGGCAGCUGCCGGGAUUCACAAUCAUAAAGCGAGCAUGAGUGAAUGACAGGGUGUCAGCAGGGCCUGCCCCUUGCACAAUGGCUUGCACAGGGGGCCUCAUCAGGGCUUGGCUCUGCUCCCUGGUGUGGUGGGGCUUUCGGGGAGACAGCGAGCCUGGCUUUCCUACUGUGGAUCCUUAGCAGGCAGGGGAGGGGUGGAGAUGCAAGUGGAUGACCGGAUGGGGGUGCCCUGUGCCAGCCUCUGCUCUGCUGGAUGCUGCCAGGCUGGCCUUGGAGAAGUCCAUUCACUCAGUUAUUAGCCAGAAACCACAGGCCAAGCUCCAGGGACGGUGUCAAGGCCCAGCCCUGACAGGAGCUGGGAGCUGCACCUGAGCAGAGGCAGCAACAGUAGAUGUACUAACUGGCUCAGCCCCUGCUCUGUACCUGGCAGGAUUUACUCGCUGCAUCUGGACAGCGGCCUGCUGCCAUGGUUGCUCUUGGUAUUCCUAUUUCACAGGAGAACAAACUGAGGUUCAGAAAGAGGAAGCCUCCAGGGUCCCAGAGCCUACAAGGGGUGGCACUGAGAUGUGAACCCAGGUCUUUGUGGGUUUUCAGGUUCAAUUUCCUUCAACAAACGUGAAUGCUCAGCAGAGGCACCUGGAAGGCCCAGUACACGACCCAGAGAACCCAUGAUUUCCCUGUUUUGUUUUUGAAAGAGGCUCACAAUCCCCGAGCUGAGAGAGCCAGUGGUGUGGGAACCAGCUCUUAGAUCGCUUCUCCUAUCCCGUCUCCUUCCUCUCUCCAUUGGCUCCCUCUGUUCCCGAGGCCAGAGCCUUGCUGCUUCCAGGGAGAGCCCAGUGGGCUCCCGCCUUGGGCCUUUGCACCUGCUCUCCCCGAGAGCUCUGCCAGCCUUCCCGUACUCACUCUUGCCUGCUGCCUCCUGCCUCCUGGUUCUUAUGGCUCCUUGCUUGAAUAUUGCCUCAAAGGGCCGUCACCCAGGCAUCCCCAAACCUGCCUUCCCAACCCACACUCUUACUCCCACAAGUUCCCCUACCUGAGUCACACUCCCCCUUGCCCAUCACCUGUAAGAUCAUUGGUUCUCGGGGACUGAUUCUGUUGGCCUGGCUGGAGGGAAGAUUCAGAGCCCCCGAAAGCAGUGUGGGAUGUGGCUGGCCACUCUUUCCUACCUGUUCUCACUUGUUCACACUUGGCUCCCCAAAAUGACAGAGUGAAUUGCUUAUUGUCUGUGUUGCUGUUAGUAUGGAGAACUGACCUGCCUUGUACCUUGCAGUAUUCCGAGCACCUUGAAAAGCACCUGCCAACCCAGGGGCGCAGCUCAGAGUUCCUGUCACGUGAUCGAAUGAGAUUCGGGGGACCUGGGCAAAAGCAGCUUGGCCUUUGGGCUGUGUCUGAGCCCUGGGAGGAUACUUACCACAGGGGAAAUUUUCCUGAUCAGCUGAUACCCCCCUGCCCCGCCCCCGCACAGUCUGGAUAAUCCUGUAGUUGCAAGCCUACCUCAGAGAGAGGACAGUGGGUGAAAUAGCAAACGUCACUGCAGCCUCUCUGAGAUGUCAAGUCACAUAUUGGCAAACAAGAUGGAGCACCAGAGCUGGAAGGGUGUGAGCAAGCAUCGUGUCUGAGUUUCCUUUGCCAAGAUGGGCACUGGCCCAGGUAAGGGAGGGAAUCUGGGCUAGGGUCAUGUGCAUUUGAAGAGGGCCUGUAGGUCUAAGGCCAACUCCCAGAUUUGGCCUGCUGUGUGGACUUGGCAAAGUUCUAACCUUCUCUGUGCUCUUGGUGUCCCCGUCUGGGCUCUGAGGGUGGUGGCUGAGAAGGUCCCAAGUCCAAGACUGGAGAAGCUCCCCAGAGCCUGCAAGGGGUUAAGCUCCGGGCUCCUGCUCAGCAGCCCACAGCCCCCUCCUUCUGACAAACACUUGUAGCAAAUCAGGCCUGGCGCUUCCUGCCGCAGCCCAGCGAGGCAGCCUCAGGCAGCGUCAGGCAGCCUCGGCUGCGCAGGGUGGCGGGUGAGUGGCUGUGGGGCGGGGAGAGCGGAGCGAUGCUUGUCUGUGUGCUGAGUCUCAGGCUGGCAGAGUGGCCUGGAGGCGGGCCAGCGCGCGAUGGAAGCCGGGGGCUCCCCGGGUUUGGAACAAAGACCUCCCAGGCAGGUCCCCUGAGCCCGGGGCCGACAGGACAACCGUGGAGCCCUAGAGAAAGACAGGCUGCAGGCAGAAUGGCUGACAGCUCUGGUUCCUGAGGAUGAUGUGGCCCAGGUGAAGCCCAGGUCAGGUCUGGAUGGCCAGCUCAGGGACUGAGGUCCACUGGGCUGAGCCCGGCCUGGGGCAGGGGCCCCGGCGGCGGCGCUGGGCCUGGGCCGAGGAGGAGAAAGGAGCCGACAGAGGUGGCCCACGGGGCUGGGAAGAGCAGCCUUUCCCCGGUAGCCCCAGCCCCGAGCUCCUGGAGGACUUUCUGCUGGCCCAGCAGCACCCGUCACCGUCCCUGGAGUGGGGCCCAGACCUGCAGCCUGCCACGCAUCAGGAUUCCUCUUCCAGGGAGUCUUCUGGAGAAGAGACCGAAGCAGAGGAUGUGGACAGCCCAGCUGGCUCCGCCUUGCCUCUCAGCUGGCUCCCCCAGGAGGGUCCUCAGCUGGACAUGACCGAGGAAGAGCCAGAUGAGGCCCUCGGAAAUCCUGAGGCUGAGGAAGUGGGACAGCGCAUCCCACAGCUGGAAGAGGAGGGGAAGCUCAGCUCAGAAGGUGAUAGAAACACCUGCCCCAUGACCCUGGGGCCAACUCAGGCUUGUGGCUGGGUGGCAUCCGGCCUACAAGGUGAUGGAAACAGACUUCCAGAACAUUCCAAGAUCAAACCAUCGGUGGAACUCAGCUCAGCAAGGUCCUGGAGCAGCGGAACUGUGAGCCUUGGUCACCCUAGUGACAGUCUUGAUUCUCCUUGGGAAGGAGACCUCGAUGACCCUGGACCCCCUGCCCUGGCAGAAACCUCACCACCAAGCCCCAGCAAGCAGCUCCCAACCCCAGAUGACAGAAUUGGAGGCCCCGUUGUCCCGGUGACCCCCCCAGAGUUCCAGGAUACAGCAGCCCCGGCCCCGAGUGUCCAGCUCAGCACUGGCCGAUGGAGCAGGGCCACUGGCAGCAUCUCGUGCCCUCAGCCCCAGAACCAGACCUGGAAGCGAACCAAGACAAUCCUGAAGCCACUGCCCUCCCGAUUCACUGGCUCCAUCAGCCCCAUGAAUCCUCGGCCUAGGGCAAACCAGAAGGACAAGAUGCCACCCAAGCAGGGAGCCACUCUGGCCAGCCAUUCUUCUUCUGAUGUCCCCAAGUAUGGCCGGGGACAGCUGAACUACCCACUCCCGGAUUUCUCCAAGGUGGGGCCCAGGGUGAAGUUCCCCAAAGAUGAAAGUUACCGCCCCCCCAAGUCCAGGAGCCACAGAGGGCAACCUCAAGGUCCUGCCGGGCCCCUGAUCUUCAAGUCCCCAGCAGAGAUUGUGCGAGAGGUACUUCUGAGUGGUGGGGAAGCAUCCCCCCAGAAGGACCCUUCUCCUGCUCAUGCCAUCACCAGGGUGCCCCAAGAGUUUCAGACACCAGAACAAGCCACUAAGCUCGUUCAUCAGCUCCAGGAGGAUUACCACAAGCUGCUCACCAAGUACGCCGAGGCCGAGAACACCAUCGACCAGCUGCGUCUCGGCGCCAAGGUGAACCUGUACUGGGACCUGCCGCAGCCCAGCCACAGCAGCCACCAUGAGGGGAUGGUGCCGCAGGGCACCCAGGUCUUGUCCUUCACCAUCCCACAGCCCCGCUCAGCACAGUGGUGGCCAGGCCCUGCCAAGGACUGCCAGGCCAACAGCGUAUCAGGGUGGCCAACGGCUCGAGGAGACCUGAGUGACCCGUCGCCCCCCAGCAUGCCCAUCCCAAGCUGGCUUCCAGAAGACCAGGCCACCACUCAGGACCAACCCUCAGCGGAGUGGACCAAGGUGCUGGCUUCUCAGGCCCAUCAUGUUCUGGCCCAGAUGGACUCCUUUGAAGAACUGAUGGAGGCAGGCCAGCUCACACCCCGGAACCAACUCAAGGGAUUCCGGCAGCUCCAGGCGGCCCACAGGGCCCUAGAGGAGGAGUACUUGAAGGCCAACAGGACGCAACACCUGGACCAACAGCUCACUGGCUCUAAGAGCACACCUGGGAAAUUUGAUUCAGGCAGGGAUCUGGAGACAGAGAUCUACCAUCUGGGAACCCGUCUGGAAGAGCUGAAGGAGCUCAUGGAUCAGACCCAGCAAGAUCCCAAGCCACCUGUGUGCGAGGCAGCUCUGGACAGCACCCCAGCCUCGCCCGUGUCCCGCCAGCCCAUGCGUCUGCUCACACCAGACAGCCAGAGUGCCUCCCCUGAGCCUGCUGCCCCUAGCCCUGGCCCAUUGCACAUGAACGCGGAGGUGACUUCCAGCAACGGUGAGAUGGGAAACAGGCCCAGAGAACUCCCAGCUCCGCUCCGGCACAAGGAGCUGCAGAUGGAACAAGGUUUCCAUGGCCUUCUAGACCGGUACCACAGUGUGAAGUCCCUUCCAGAAGCCAUGAGAAUGGAGGAGGAGGAGGCAGAGGAGGAAGAAGAGAAAGAGGACAGUCACGCUCUGGAAGUGGAUGGGCCAGCUCCAGUUGCAGGGACCGCAAAAACCAGCAGGAUGCCCCCGAAACAGCAGCUGGCACAGGCUGAGAGAGGUCAUGGGGUGCCCCUCGAAGACGCCAUGGAGCAGAUGGGGUCCCUGACGCCCCAAGGCUUGCCCACCUCCAGAGACAGGCACAUGCCGGGUCUAGGCACGUCUGGAGCUACAACUCGAGGUCCUGGCAUGGCGGUCCCCACCCUGGGUGCCAAGUCUGCUGCAUCCCACCAGAGCAGCAUGACCAGCUUGCAGGGCAGCAUCUCUGAGCGCCUACCCCAGAAGCCCUUGAGCCACACCUGUGGGCUCCAUGUGGAGGGGCACCACCCCUUUCAGGAGUCCUGGAUGGCAUCCCCGGAAACGGACAGUGGCUUCGUGGGCUCCGAGACCAGCAGAGUGUCACCCCUCACCCAGACACCAGAGCACCGGCUCUCCCACCUCAGCACCCCAGGCACAUCAGGCCAGUCCCCAACAACUCCUGCGCCUCACAAUGGAGCCUCCCGGCCCAGGACCAGGGGUUCUGCUAAUUCCAGGAGAGCUAGGGAACCCAGCACUCCCAGGAGUCGAACACAGAGAGCCCCGGCCAGCCUAAGCAGUCCUCCCCAGCACUGGAUGCCUGGCUUCCGCCUGGAGCGCCCACUGGCAGCCGACAUGGAAAUCCCGGGCUCCAAGUUGGAGAGGCCACAGCAGAGUUCGGGACAGCUUCUACCCAGCAGGACAAUCAGCCCAGCCCCUACCCCAGUUCCAGGAAUGGCCUCUCUGCCCCACGAGCCUUCGACCGAGACCACCCCCAGCUUCCUUCUCAGCAGGGCGGGGCGAGACCAGGCCAUCCGUGAGCUGCAAGAAGAAGUGUCCCGACUCCAACUACGGCUGGAAAGCAGCCUGCACCGGUCACCUCAGGACAGUCCCUUGCACCUGGGGCCUGCUUCCCAUCACCCUACCCAGCCCCAGGACCGACCAGCGGACCCCUUAGCAGCCUGGAGCUCCCACUGUGGCAGUAAAUCCACAGAAACGUUGGCCAGGGAGCCAGGAUGUACGGAGCAAGCUUCACCCAUGAGAAGGCAGCGGGCCAGGUCAUCCUCGGUACCCCGGCUGCCCCUGAGUUCUGAAUCUGAGCCCCCCUCUCCUCAGCGGUCAUCUGAGAACAACAGGACCCCCGAGGAUGGUGCGCAGGCAGCUCGGGAUGGCACGAGAGCUGGGGGCAGCUCCAGACGGCCAGACAGGGUCACCUUCUGGGGCCAGUACACAGGACAAGAGUACCAUGUUCGGCCACCAAAGGCUGUCCCAAGAGAUGAUGACACAGCCUCCUCCUGUCCUAAGUGCCAGCCCUUCAGGACUCAGGAUGCAGGCAGUGCUGCCCCCAAGGACCCCGUGGGACCCUCACCCUCUGAUGCACGCCGGUGUGCCCUGUGUGGUCAAGUUGGAAUCUCCAAGGAGACAGAAAUCCCAGACCCAGCCCCAUCUGGAGCAGAAAAGGCUGCCAACAGGAGAAAUGCACCUGCAGCUUCCGGCGCCAAGCAGAGGAGCAAGCGGGCAGGGUCGCCAGCGGAUCUGCCGCCCGGCCUGUGGUACCUGGCAGCCGCGCCCCCAGCACCAGCUGCUCCGGCUUUCACCUACGUGUCCUCAGUUCCUGUCGUGCCUUAUCCGCCAGCCACUGUGUACUACACGCCUACAGUGGCACCUACCUCAGCCUCCAUGGGCACAGCCUCCAGUCGGGCAGCCCGGGGCCGCCGGCACUCCGUCCAGCUUGAGCCCAGGGACCUGGAGGAGCUGAACAGGGCCCUGAGCCAAGCCAUGCAGGCGGCAGAGAAAGUCCGCUCCACCAGCCGCCAGAUGAGCCGCUCGCUGUCGGCCGACCUGCGCCAGGUCCGCGGUCUGCGGAGCUCCUGCCUCUUCUGACCCUCUGGAGAUGGUGAGACACAUCGAGGACAGGUGGCCCUGCCAUCCCCCAGGCCAGGAGUCAGCUGGAACCACUGACGUCCGGAAGAUGCUGUGAUGUUUUCCCAAGAGGGUCUCCCUGUGUGCAGGCAUCCCAACUGGGUGGCCCCCUGGUUCCACACCUCCCACUAAGAAGAUAUAUUUUAUCCAGAGAUGGACAGACCUUUCAAAACUGGGUUUUUUUUUUUUCCUAGUCUUGGAUUCUCAUUAGGAGGCAAGGCCCAGACCCCUGGAACAAGCCCACCCCUCACCUGUGAGCACCCAGCUGCAAGCAGGGCUUAGCAGAAGACCCGGCUCCCACCCAGCAACUGGUCCCUGGAGCACAUGAGUGCCUGUGCAGCAUCUUAGGAUGCCAGAGCCCCAGAGUGACACAUGCCAUUUUCCCCCUGGUUGUACAAGCCUUUCUUAUGAGCCUGCUGGACUGGACACCCCAUCCCCCAGCCUCGAGGUGGGGACAGAGGUGCCCAGAAUCUGUCCCCACUGUCCCUCUCAGUACCUCAUCCCGACUCCAGCUCUUCCCCAGGAUGCCAAUGGCAUCGAGAGUGGCCAGCUGCCUGCCAGGCCCUUGUCCGGGGCAUGACUGUGACCAUGAGGCCAGAUCAUCUCCUGCCCUCACCCCCACCCCAGAGCAGUGCAUACCUCAGCAUUUCCUGAAUGUUUGUGCAUCAGUGCUGUUUGUAUAUUUGAGGCAUUAAAAAGUCUAUUUUCAUUAUAAGAGCAAAUGGAGGAGAAUUGAAGCCGGCUGUCACAAGAAGACCCACGGUGCUGCCUGUGUGGGCGGUGGUGUUGUCAGCGUGGGCUUCCCCAAGUCAAGCUUGCUGACUGGAGGCCUGACGCCUGGGCGGACUCGCCUAGGCACCUGCAGCGGGUGCGUGUUUGCCAACUUGGUUUGUCUCCCUCUGGCCGCUGUCUUACCAGCUUUCUCCCUCUACCUGGCUCAGAACCACAAACCUGCCUACUGGGCAGUGCUGCGAGGAAAGACCAUCUGGCCUCCCUCUGGCUUCUUGGUAACAAGUUCAGACAAUUCAUGAGAUCCCCAGCCAUUAGGCGUUUGCAGAAGCGUGAGUCUGAACCCUUUUCAGGGCUCUUUUCAACUGCUACUCCCUGAGCCCCAGCUAGACCCUGGCCCCUGAGCUCUACGCUUGGCGCAUCCACCUGCCAAGUCUCCCAUUUCACUGAUGAGCAGGGUGAGGCUGCAGUGGGACUGCGCCCAAGUGGCCAGAGAGAGUCAGGGUUUGCACUUGCGUCUGUCAGCCAUCCCAGGUUCUGCUCCCUGGCCCCACCUGGGAUUUUUCUUUCCAGCCCAGAUUCCUCUUCAGCUGCUAUGGGCACAGAAUCUGAGCUUUGUAGGCUGAGCUCCUAGAGGGAUGGCAUGGAUGGUGUUGGUGCACGAGCUCACAGGAGUGUGUCAGCAGUCUGCAGGUGCAACACCGAUGGUGAGAGCAGCGGCACGCAGGUCUGUGCCGAGACACUUCUGACCAGUUGUGCCUUGCUGGUUCCAUGAGAGACUGUCAAUAAGGAUCCCCUGUGAGCCCAGGAAGAGCAACCCAGUGUGCCGAGCCUCAGGCUCCACGCUGUGGGCCCCACACCAUCUCCUGGAGCUCUCAGGUAGGCACCCUGAGGGCACAUUCAUGGGACCAUUAGAUUCUCUGACUGGGACCCCCAAGUCCCUUGCCUCACCUGUGCCUUGCUGGGCCAGGUUCCUCCAGCCCGGGUGUGCACCGCAGCCUCCCCCCAGGCCUUCCUACCUCCAUCUGACACCUCCCAGAUAUCUCAAGUAGGGUUCCUUGUGGUUGGCACGCGCCUCUACCCCUGCUGAGGUCCCCAGCCUUGGAAGUCUGAAAACUUGUUGUUACUGAUCCCUGAAGCAGGAACUUUGGGUUGGCCCAGCCCUAAUGGUUCUAGAGCCAUUCCGAUGUCCCUGUGCUGGGGGCCUGCCUCACAGCGGCUUCAUGUGCCCAGUGUAGCAUGUGGUGCUGUGAGCUCCAGGAUGAACUCAACAGCCUGAUUGGACUCCUCCAGGCUCCCAGUGUAGCUCCCCCUGGGGUAGGCAUCACCACGAAUAAGUGAAUGAGUGAAAGAACACAUGAUGGGUCCAGGUGAAGAAAUUUUAUUGAUGCAAACCAUAAGAGAUAAUAGAAAUACAUACACAUGCAUAUAUAUAUAUAUAUACACACAUACGGCCCAAACAAAUAACAAACAAAACAGGUGUGAGGCAGAGGCGGGGGAGGGGCUGAGGCUCCAGCUCAGUGCUGUGGGCUACGACUGCUGUCUUCUUCUCGCCAUGUGCUGGCGCUCCAGCGGCCUGCACAGAUCCUAAAAGGCAGGAGAAGGAAGCAUGAGGGUGGCAGGUGGACUCUAGCUCGGUUCUGCCCCUGCCUGGCAACCUGCCAGCUCUCCCCCACUGCUCUCCUGAGCCCACUGUUCCCUGCAAGGCUGUCAGCCCCAGCCCCAGGCCUUCAGACACUGCACUGAAGAGCAAGGGGACUUUGACACAAGCCACCUGCCUGGCUGUGCAGCCUCGGCUGACCACCCUCCCUCUCCGGGGCUCGGACGCUGCCCAUUGUGCACCCUCCAUGGUCCCCUGCACUCGCCUGUUUCCAGUUGGUGUACAUGACUUCCGUCUUGUUUAUGCCCAGACAUGUGAGGGCUUCAUGGAACUCGUUCAUUUGCUUCAGGCUGGCCUUUGGCUUGUCGGCUGCCGAGGGAGUGAAGAGGCCUGGUGAGGACGCAGCCCUCCCAAGCAAGCAGGCUGAGGAGGGAGAGGGUUCUGGGGACCCAGUCCCAGGGCUGAGCAGAGACAGGGCCAGGCCUUGGAGCUGGGGGCUGCAGGGACACCUACUGUAGAAGACCAGUCCCUUGUCAUGCUCUUUCUCCAUGAAGAAGCCGAGGAAGAAGCUGCCGGGGUCCUUGUGGUACAGCAGGUGGCCAAAAUGAUCGUGUCCAGCUUCUGCAAAGAGAGAGGCCUCUAGGUGAGACGGGGAGGUGGCACAGGUGUCCUGAGCUCAGGGAGGGAGCCUUGGGUUGGGUGCCAGGUCACAGAGCCACCAGAAGAGGCUUCACUGACACCACACACAAGCACAAGCACACGCCCCUGCCAGCUGCCAGGCCCUGCCUAGCACUGUAUGAUGAGUGCCCAUCUGCCCAUUUCACAGAGGAGAGACAUGUGGCAAGGGCUGCUGAAUGGUGUCAGGUCAGGCCUAGGGUCUGUGAGUGCCAUCUCUAUGGGAAAUGUGGUACUUGGUUAUGUUGCUGUGUAGCAAAUAGGAUUCCCUCAAUACUUGCAGGAGUUUCAAGAGUGGCUGAGAAAGAAGAUCUGGAGGCAGCCUUGGGCUGCAGUUCCAGUUCCAAUAAUAAGCUGUGUGACCUAAGCGAAACCACUGCAUAUCUCUGACCAAGUGAGACAUUCACCUUAAACACUUCAACCAGCUCUACCACACAGCAGGAGCUCAAAAACACUGGCUGCUGUGCCAGGAUGGGAGAGAUGUCAGCACCCAGGCUUGUCCUGUGUUGUCCAUGCCCAAAGUCUCAGAAGGUCCCUAUCCCAGGCUGCCUGCCUGGGGGUGGGACUCACCGUAUAUGGAGAUGGUCCCAUUCUCUCGUUGCAGCCCCAUGGAGGUGGAGUUAUAAACGCAUCUGUCCUCGCUGCAGCCACACAGGAGGUGGGAGAGAAACAGCAAGAUUGUCAAGGACAGGUGGGCAGCUGCCUAUCACAUAACCAAGAGUGGGGAUCACAGCUACCCCUCUCCAUGGGAAGGCCAAAGGCCAGAGGAGGCAGGGGCUGUCUCAGAAGCUGGGGCCCAGGCAGGGCUUGCACAGGGACUCACAUGGUUACGUAUUGCCGCAGCAGGAUAGUGUUUUCCUCCUGGCUGGCGGAGAAAUAGAAGAAGGCCGCUUUCAUCAUCUCUGCAUGCUGCUUGUACUCGGGCUUUCGGAAGACGGAAGCUUUGAGAAACCACUUGCGGUAGAGCUGGGGGAAAAGGCGAGAGUGCUCAAGAGUGGGCAGUCAGCAGGAU